UGUACCAACGCCGGAAAUACGUGGCUGUGUGAGAGACAUGGCGAACAGGAGGGGAACAGCUGUGCCUCUCCUCUUCCAUCAUAUUUUACGAUAUUUUUCAGUAUUAAUCCUCUCUGUUUUAUCCUAUAAAUUAACUUCGGCCUCAGACGACGAUCCCUUUCGUGCCGGGCAGUCGAUGCUGUCUCCGGUGGCUGCACCAUCGCGGGAUGUUCGAUACCUCCUGUAUGAUGUGAAUCCACCUGAGGGUUUCAAUCUUCGUCGGGAUGUGUACAUUCGCAUGGCCUCUUUGCUGAAGACAUUGAGGAAAGAGGGCGACUGGGUGCUAGUGUUGCCUCCAUGGGGUCGUCUAUAUCACUGGCAGAGCCCUGAUAUACAUCAGGUUCGCAUCCCCUGGGGAGAAUUCUUCAGCGUGACCAGCCUGCAGGCUAAGAUACCAGUCAUCGAGUAUGAGGAAUUUAUUGCUGAGUCUGGUGGUCCCUUUAUUGACCAGAUCCUUGUGCUGCAGAGCUAUGCAGAGGGCUGGACAGAUGGGAAAUGGGAAGAGAAGGUGGAUGAACGACCAUGCAUUGAAAGACUGAUGUACUCAAAAGACAAACAGAACUAUUACAGAGGUUGGUUUUGGGGUUAUGAGGAGACCAGAGCAUUAAAUGUCACCUGUUUAUCUGCUCAGGGACAUGCCUCUAUCUUGGCCCCUUUCCUACAAAACAACUUAUCAGCCACGUCAGUAAUGCUGGACAGAGCUGAGACUGUCCUUCAUGAUCACUAUGCUGGGAAGGACUACUGGGAUACACGGCGAAGCAUGGUGUUUGCCAAACACUUGCGUAUCAUAGGGGAUGAGUUUAGGGCCAAGUAUCUCAACUCCACAGAUAAAAAGGACCAGACACCAUACAACGAGGACUGGACCCAAAUGAAAAACAGGUUGGGCAGUGCUAAGGGAGGUCCUUACCUGGGAGUCCACUUACGUAGGAAGGACUUCAUCUGGGGUCACAGAGAAGAUGUGCCUAGCCUUAUUGGUGCAGUAAAGAAGAUCCAGAGCCUCAUGAAGAAGCACAAGCUUCAGCAAGUCUUUGUUGCCACCGAUGCAGACGAAGAAGAGCUUGCUAAACUGAAAAGGAUGCUUCCUGAGAUGGUUCGCUACGAGCCCACCUGGGAGGACCUUGAGCUCCUGAAAGACGGAGGGGUGGCCAUCAUAGACCAGUGGAUCUGUGCCCAUGCAAGGUAUUUCACUGGGACAUCGGUUUCAACCUUCUCUUUCAGAAUACAUGAGGAAAGAGAAAUCCUAGGUUUCGAUCCUAAAACCACCUAUAACCGAUUCUGUGGUGACGAUGAGAACGAAUGUGAACAACCAACACACUGGAAAAUUGUCUAUUAACACAGAAACCACAGAAAACAUGAUGCUGGUCACACAGACUGCAACUGAUUUCUCAGAUUUAAAAGUAUUGUCUAUAUUUUUCAAAUGUUUUUGCUGACAAUGUUGAAAAUACCCACUUUUAAAGGAUGGAUUCCGAUCCUGUGUAAAAUGUAGGGUUAGUCCUUUGUUAGAUAAGGGGAGCCAUAAGAUAAAUAUAUCAAAUGGCUUUUAUCUCAUAUCUUGUGUCAGAUAUGGAAUUUGUGAAUGCUGCUGCUCUGUUCUCACAGUUCUUUCAUUCGGAUUGUUGAUACUCAAGAUGAACUGUGUAUAACACUAUGAGCAAACCUGUUUGAAAAUGCUCAACAUGAUUUUUCACCACUGCUCCAGUAUUUGAAGUCUAGCUUUUUGUGUAAUUUAGUACUUGCCAAUUAUUUUUGUCUCACCACAUUUUUUGCCUUUGACAAAUAACAUGUAUAAACAUACAGU